UAUAAAAUCGUCGCGAACGCACACGCGUCGUUCCGAUUACGAUUCGACUUUUUGACGGCAGCCCGAAAAUGGCGUUUACGUCCCCUCGUGUGCCCGAAGCGUCCGAAAACGUUACUUCCACACCCGCGCACGAGAUCGGCCGGCGGCGGCUACCUUACGUACGACAUCUACGAAUACCGCGACAACCUAACCUAACUUACCGAACAAAAUAUCAUUAUACCGUGUUCCUGUCACUAUCCGCAGCGUGUACCUAAUACAGUAUCUCCCUGUACAUUUGUAUAUAUUAGUCGGUGUACGGGUGUCCAGUCGGUACGGUGUUCGACACUUCUGUACUUUUUACGAUAUUUAAAAAAAAAAAUAAACACUUUUUUAUUAUGUUGUAAAUCGUUUUCGUCAUUCUAUAAAAUGUUUUAUAAAACGAGUAUAUUAACGUCUAUUGUAUUACACAUUUUUUUUAGUUAUUCCAUCGAAGUAGUACCUAUAUAAUAAUAAUUGACUGCCGUCAUAAUAAUAAUUAUAUUGCCGAUUUAAUAUUCCGCGCAGCUGUAUUUUUUACUAUACUUUUAUAUAGUAUACAACAUAACGAAUUAUACGAUAUUAUUAUUGUCACGACUUCUUCGAAUAAAUAAAUAACUGCUGAACGCCACCACCACGAACGUUAUCAACGGACAAGGUUAUUUAAUAAUUGAAGAUCGAGGCCAUAGUUAAUCUUAUAUUUUACCAACAACUUCGGGGUUUUUUUUUUUCAAUUUUUCUACUCGUUUCGUUAAAAUAUUCACACCUAUAAAGGGGUUGUCCAUGAACUUUACACACACACACGUUAUUAUAUUUCUUAGGUUUUAUUAUAUUUAUAUUUUUAUACACGUAUUUACAGACACCUGCCAGCAUCAUGGCUUCGAUGCUUUACAACAAAAUGGGUCUCAUACCCAAACAGAAACCUAUUAGAGUAAUGAUAAUGGGACAGCCCGGCGUGGGAAAAACCGGUAAAUAUACCUACAUCUAUGCUGGAAAUGUACAAUAAAAACGAUUUACUUGUAGACUGCUAUAAUUAAUAAUAAGUUGUAUUGAAACGCAUUUUAUCGCCAUUGCCUGAAAACAUUUUUCCUUGUCUUAAUCCAAAUAUUAUUGGUACUUGUAAUAAUUUAAUGUGAUAAUUUCUAGCACUUUUAGUGAGGUUCGUGACCAAACGGUUCAUCGGCGACUACGACUCUAACCUGGAAAAAAUGUACAUGUACCAAGUGACCAUGGACUCGGAAACCGUGAAUUUUGAGAUACUGGACACUGCCGCAUACAUACAAUACGUAAGCGCGUAAAUUAUAGGCAUCAGCUACAGUCUCUUGUAUACCAAAUGUAUUUGCUCGUGUUAGAAAUCGUGCAAUAUGGAAAUGAAUAUGCGCUGGGCCGAUGUGUUUAUUUUGGUCUACUCGAUAACGGACAAAUGUUCAUUCGACGAUUGCAGUAGGCUCAAAUUCCUGAUCAAUUACAACAAAAAAAAACGUCGACUUUCGACCAAAGUAAGAAUCAAAUCAAAACAUUCAACACGUUGAUUAUUUUAAUUUUAAUUGAAUUGUCAGAAUGCGAUAUUCUGAUACGAAUUUUUAAAUUUAAUUAAUGUGAUGUAAUUCAAAUUCAGUUAAAAUAACCGUAGAGACAUGAAAUUCUCACUGAAUAUUAUCACUUUUUAUUCUUGGUUUAUUUUCAAAAUAUUUUGUGGAUUUUUUAAUUAUUUAUGUAGGCAUAAAAUUGUAGUGGGCAUGCAAAAGUUCUUGAAAUUUUUACACGAGGUUCAUCAUAAGUUGCAUUUUAUGAAACUCGUAAAAGUCGGGGCAUUUCAAAACAUGUUUAAUUGUACUCUGAAUCGUUUCUUGUUUACGAUGAUUUAUCAUUGCGUACAGUUAUAAAUCAAAUUGUUUUCCUUAAUAUUAUCCUUCCUUCUCAACUUUGUAUCUAAAACAGUGACACAUCCAUCAGCAUAGUCUCAAAUAUUAGGGACUUGGGGCCAAAUCCCCCAUUUCCCCCCCGGUUUUCCUGUCAACAAGGUUUUUAAUUUUUAUUAGGAAAGAUAUUGUUGACAACAAAAAUGCCUUUUUUUACGUUGUAUAUUGUACAAAAUAACAAUACAUACAUUUUUGUUGAAGCGAUCCUUUUCUUGUAUGAUACGCUUUACAAAUUGGUUAAGAGAACCAUAAUGAUCGCCUUUCAAACAUGAUAAUUAUAAAUAUCGAGAGAGAAAUGUCCAAUAAUAUUAAUAAUAAUGAUAUAUUUGAAAAGUAUGUUGAAUUGAAAAUGUAACGAAUAUAGUUAAAUAUAAUAAUAUUUUAUAAUUAAUAUUUGUUAAUUAUUUUUAUGAGUACAACACUAAAAUUUCAAAUUGAAGCAAAUAAAUUUGUUUGGUGCUACAGUCCCCCCACAUCUAGAAUUUUCACAUUAAUUGCGCCCAUGCCCAUCAGUAUAUCAGCUAUCUUUAAUUUUAACUUUAGUUGGGUAGUUAUAACCUUUUUGAACCUAAAUAACCAAUUAAUAUAAUAGUGUAAUAAUAACCAAUAAAGAAUUUUGAAGGGCUUAAAUAGUUUUCCUGGUUGUUGAAAAUUAUCCCUAGUAUCUAUCAAAUUAUUGAGAACCUAUAUAUCUAUAACAAUAUAGCUUUAUUUAUUAUAUUUAUGUAGAAAGUUCUUUUUGUAAAUAAGAUGAAGUCAUGAGUUAUUUUGUAAUUCUAUAAUAAUUUUAUGUCUAAGUCAUUGUUUAUUAACGGUAACUGUUGAAAAAACAAUUUUAACUGCAAUUUGGUCUGAUAAUAAUUUUGAACACCUAUAAUCGACUCGUGUACCUAUUUUAAACAAGCGUAAGUUAAUUUUUGAGCUUAUCUAAAUUAAGUAAAAUUAAUAUUUAAUUACAGGAUGAAUUAUAUUGUAUACUAGAUAAAUACAAGUUUUAGUUAAUAGAACACGAGUGUGGAAAUUUAUCAUCUGCAACAAUUAAUUUAUAAUAUUACGUUAAGGAUUCCUUAUAAAUGUAGUUUUGUUUUCCAAUUCAGUGACCAAUUUAUUGUGAUUCUAUUGCAGUUCUUUUAAAACCGGUUUGCCUAAUAUUUGCUUUAAAUCAAUUUAUUUUAAUGAACAUUGUAAUUUUAGAUGGUACCUAAAUCUCAAAACUAACUAGAUCUGAAGGGAGUACAUGAGUUGCGUUCCAAAAAAAAAAAAUUACACGAAUUGGGUUCAUAUAGACCCUGGACUCAAUUCACGUAUUUUAAUCAAGGAUUCAUAAAUCUUAAACAUCUAAUAAAUAACAAUUUGUUUAUUAAAUGUAUAAUAAUUACUAAUUAGUAAUAUAAUAUAUAAAACAAUCGAUAUAAAUAAACAAACAAUAUUUUAGAUUCUGAGUGGAACGAGGAAUGUAUUGGUUUUACAGUGGUUUAAUUUUUUUUUUUCUAUGGACAAUUUUUUUACUAGCAAUUUUGGUCCAAUUUACAAUGAUAGCACUUUUUUAAAAGUAAAUCUGAAUGGGGAGGUAUUUCAAGGAAGUCAUUUUUUCAUUUUCCCAGGAGUUUUCCCAAUAAAUGGGAAAAACUGGAAAAAAAUAUGGGAAAACCGGGUGAAUGGGGAAAAAGUUACAAAAUUUCACCAUAAUAUGAUAUAUUUAUUGUAGACAAAGCAAUACUAUCAACCGAAAUCCACUCAGAAUCUUAUUUUCAUUGGCAAUGUUUAAUCGUUAUUUAUAGAUAUGCAUUAAAUUUCCGUCUAUAUCCUAUAUGUUCCCAACUUCUAACAUACAACAGUGGCUGAACCCGUCUCCAUUAUCCUUAGACAGCUUUUUUUAUUUUCAUUUUCUGUUGUAAACAACUUUUUUACCAAAAAUCUCGUAGAUUUUAAGAGUGACAUAUCUGAAAAAAAAAUAAUUGUUUGCUUGGUUGGUAGAUAAAGUUAUUUUUUUGAUUUUUUAAAACCCGUAAAAACGUAAGAAACCUCUGGAAAUGAUCGGAAAUAACGGUCCCAUUAGUUUCAGUUUUGUUUUUCUGUUUGUAUUCGAUUAAAAAUAUUCGUAGGGAUAUACCAUUUCACAGGGUGCAUAUAUUAACUUUUUCUGGGUUUGAUAAAAUGUUUUAAAUAUUCUGGUGAUAUUUGAGCUAUUUGUAGGCAUUUGACAUUUUAUAAUUUUGUUUUAAUUUUUAUUCGGUAGUUAUUAUAUAGAUAAAUUUCUUUGACUAUAUAUAAAAAUAUUCGGAAAUUCAAUAAGAAGUUCGUAGUAGGUAACUCAUAAGUUGUUCUCAAUGUUCAGAAAAAAAAAAUGGGUAAUAUUACUUAAUGUAGUAUAUUUUAUUUAAUAAGGCGUUCAAAUUUUGAUGGAAUUUUCCAAUAUUAGGCACUUCAAAACAGGUGUUAACCGAUAUUUGCUCACAAUGGGUUUUCAUUAGCAACAGUUUAUCAUUACUUACAAACAUAAAUAAAAUAACUUUAUGUAUCCAACUUUCCCAACUAACUACCAACAACAAUGGCACAUCCAUUUCGAGUAAGUAUAGGCUUUUUUUUUUCGAAAAUUUUCAACAAAUUUAAAAGAGUUUAAUUUUUUUACUAUCAAUACUAUAUGGCUCCUCUUAGUCCGUCUUUAAUUUAGACUUGAACGUUUAUAAUAUACAUUUUAAAUUAAACAGGUACUUUUAUCAAAUUUUGUAGUUUUGGAUAUUUUAAUUUUAUGACAUGCAAUUUCAAUACAAGGUUAUAUUUGCCGUCGUAUUAAAUAAGUUUAAAUAUUUUUUAUGAGCACUUAAAAUGUUCACCAAUUUCUUACAUACACUAUAAUAUAUUAGUAGUAACUAUAAUAAAAUUAUUUCGGAAUAUUUUUAUUUGAGUAAGAAUUUAUUAUGUUUUAAAAUUUAUUAGGAAUUAUUUAAACUGCGCAUAAGAUAAUAUGUAAUACGUAAAAGCUGUAGCGGUUGUAUCAAACACUAAAAUCUAACAAUUCUUUCUAUUGGAUAUACAUAGUAAAUUAUAAUAACUGCAGAAUUUAAGGCUAUUUGAAGUGAAUAAUUGUGUUAUUCUUUUAUUUUUUUUUUAUAAUAUCAUUUUUCCGAAUAUCUCAAAAUGUUUAUACCGAUAUUAAAUUAUUUAAAUAAACAUAAAAUAAUAAAGUAUUUUUUUUCUCCAUGCAAUAUUUUAUUAACCAACGCCAACGCGAUUCAAAUGCGACUUAUGUCAUAUAUUUCAGCAUAUUUAGAUUUUGAUUUGUAAAUCAAUCGAUUUUGGUCUUGCAACCGAUACGAUAAGAUAGUGAACAGACUAAGUCUAAUUUUAUUUUUACUAUUUUGACUACCUACUUAAAUCAUAAUAGUAACAUAAUUUAAGUAAAAUAAAAUAAUUGUUUAAUUUAAUUAAUUUUAUAAAUUAAAGAACAGUGUAUAAGCCACGAGUCUUACUAUAUAACAAUAUACAUUUCUUUUUUACAACAUGUUUAAAAAAAUACAAAAAUACCUAAACAAGAAUAAAUAAACAAAUGUAUAUAGAUAAAAAAUAAAAUAAAGAAUAUGAAACAACUGACAGAUAGAAUAUAGGUACAAACAAAUAUAUCAAUGUUAAAAAAAGAAGGAAGGAAAAAAAAAUCCAAAAUUUGAAAAUAAAUUAAAGACUCCAGUACAAGUAUGUUUUAUGAGGUUUAAUACACACAAAUACAAUUUAUAAAUGCAAUGAAAAUUUUAAUUUGUUUUUCCUUCCAACCAUCCGUUUAGAUUCAGAGCGGACCGAAAGAUCUAUUGGUCUUAUUAUAAUUUUUUUUAUUUUUGUUUGAGAGCAACUUUUCUACCAAAAUUAUUUCUCUAAUGUAUCAAGUGUAGCACCUUGUCUAAAACAAAAUGUAUACAUAGUUGGCGCAUUAUAGGGGUCAUUUUUUGAUUUUCCAAGGGAUUUUUAAAAUAAUUUGAAAAAACUGUAAACAAAAUUGUUGUAAAUGGCAAAUAUUUACGGCACACCGCAGCGUUAUAAUUUCAUUACUUUUAAUUUUUGCGAACCAUGUUUACUAAUUUUAAAAAUUAAAUAAUAUCACUUCAAUAAAAAAAACGCUAAGUAACCUUUUUUGUGUUAUUUUUAAUCUACUUCGUGAGUAAGAAAUUCAUUUUUUGAUGUUCUUUGUAGUUUCUAUAAUAAUUGAACAUAGACAUUGUAAUUUUGAGAAUUUGCUAUGUAAUUUUUAUUUGGUAGGUACUCUGUGUAUCAAAUUACUUAACCAAACAUAAAUGCUUUGAUAUUUAACAGGAGGUUCAUUAUAAGUUUUACUUAGUGGGUCAAAGAAAAAAGAUUAAAAAAGAUGCACAUUGAGUGCAAUGUAGUUUUUUUUUUAAUUAAUUAGAUUUUAACAGGGAUAUUAUAAUAUCUUGACAAUUAUUAUACAUAUGUCAUUGAGAAAGAAAUGUAAACAUUGGCAAGACUCACACUACUAAAUUCGGCCAGAUUGGAGUAUAAAGUUAGGCGUAUGCAUAAUUAUAUUUACGUAAUUAUCUGAAUAAAGGGCGCUGAUGAAGGAAAAGUUGGUACCAAGAAAGGAAAAGAAAGAUUUUAGCUGAAUUCUAUAAUGGUUAAUUUAUAAGGGUUUUAAUAUCGAAUUUUGAAUAAAAUCAUGCAGCCUUUCAAAACAUUUAUGACUGAAUUUCGCUCCGUAUCGUUUUUUGUUAGAAAUUACAGCCGUCUCUAUAUCAGCUCUAUUUUGUUUUAUUAUUCAUAUCAUCAAGGUCACCCAUAAAUCAACAAAAAUAUUAAUAACCCUGAAUGAUAUCCUCCUUAGAGUGAAUUUCAUGGAAGGAAUAUAAUCUAUGUUACUCACUUUUAUACAGUGAUCACUUUAAGUAUUGAUACCAUCAAGAUCAAUUAAGUUGAAGAGUUCAAAAGUCACGAACAAACAAACAUUAACUAUUUUAUUAUUAUUGUUAAUCUAAGGAACAUUUAUCUGACGUACCGGUGAUACUGGUUGGCAAUAAAAUAGACCAACAGUACGAUCGGAUGGUUACUUAUGCCGAUGGUAAAAAACGGUCCCAAGAGCUCGGGUGCGUGGCUUUCCAUGAAAUUUCAGUACGGGAAGAUGUCGAUCAAGUCAGUUAAAAUUAUACAUUUAGUUUUACAACUAAAUUACUCACUUUUUUACGUCUGUUGUAGGCGUACGAAGUGUUUAAGGAAGCGUAUACAUGUUGGAAAUCGAUGUCUUAUAAGAAUCCCAAACUGAAACGUUCCUCUUCGGAUAAUGGUGCAGAAGCGUUCUUUAAUUCGGCUUCGAGAUUCAUAAGUAUGUUUAAUAUUUAUUUAUUAUGUUAUUAAAUUUGACCUUCAUUAUUGUAUAAUAUCUACAAAGAACUAAUACUUUUAAAAUGUAUAACCCUUUUGCAUUUUUCGUCAUGCAAGUGUAGGUAAAUUCUUCCUAAAUUAAAAUCCUUGAUAUUAUAAAUUAUGUUUUCCAUCGUGUAACCUUAUAAAAUAUGUACCUGCAAUAUGCGUAUGUAUAACAUGAUUUACCUUUACUUGAAGUUUAAAAACAAUCAAAUGGUAUAUAGCUAAUGAAAAAAAAUAGCCAAACCAUUUCAAAAUAUGUUAGUCGAACAUUAAAUUCGAGUUUUUUAGAACGGAUAUAUGAAAAAUGUAAAGAUUGAUAACUUCUAAAAAAAAAAUUAGAAGAACAUAAUUAUCAAUAAAACGACAGGGAAAUUGCGUACGAGGUACAACAAAGAGUAGUUCGAUGUGAUGGAAUUUGCACCAACAACUAGCUUUGUUUAGGUUUAAAAGAUCUAACGGCUAAGUUUCAUUAUGAGAAGAAGUGAGGACGUUACAACUACAGCAUGGUAUGGAAAUCACAAGGAAAAAACCUAUAAAGGAAGAAGAAGGAAAAUGGUUGAUUGUAAUAGAAGGAGAUCUAAAAGUUCUAGGAGUUUAAGAUUGAGUAUAGGUAGUUAAAUAGCCCUUAAUACUGAAAGAAGAAGAAGAUAGAUAAUUCAAAAAAGGAUCAGGUAGUGAGGUGCAGUAAUGGCAACAAAAACUUUUAAAGACUGAAAUAGUAGACACAGUGCUCAGUUUAAAAAAAAAAUAAGAGGGAUUAUAAAACUAAAAAAAAAUUAGGGGUGCUUGCCUCUACAUACUCUUCUUAUACCAGUUUUAAACAUAGUGAUUAAUAAUUUACAAAAUAAAAACCAUACUUAACGACACUAAAACAACACUGCAGGCUAAAUUAUAUAUAUGUGUAUUUAUUUUAGUUUGUACUAUAAUAGAUUUACUAUAAACUUUGUUUUUUUACAAUAAUUUCUGGUCAAAAAUAAGUGCUGUAGGGUUGAUGCAGUGAAAUGAGGAGGUCUUUUAAAUUCCAAGCGUAGCUAGGGAGCAAUUUGUUUUACUAAAAUGUUUAUUUUUUUACAUUUUUUUUUUAGUCUGUGGACACGUUUUUCCCUAGUAAACUUGCUCCGAUGUAUAAAUGUUCCACAUUUUCUGAAAGCUCAAGUUGUCUAGAUUGUACUUUAAGUACAUUUUUUGAUUUUCGACGCCAUUUUUUAAAUAAAAGCACAUAAGUGGGAAAAAACGUAGGAAAACGUACAAUUUCACGAUUUCAUUAUUUUAUAAAAACACGGACGACGAUUUCUACCAAAAAAAUUGUUUAAUCGAAAAAUCACAAAAUAAAUUUUUUAUUGCCUUUUUGAUUUACUUUCUUACAGUAUCAACGCCAAAACUUUUGAGCUUUUAAGGAAUUUUAAGUUUUGGGAGUUUUUUUGCUGUAAUUCAGUUACAAAUACACCUAGAGACUUAAAAAUUGGAAAUAAUACUUAUAUUGGACUUACCUAGACGUGGUAAAAUUUCCAAAAUCAUCGAACGACUUUUGUUUUUUCUAAUAAGUCCCAUACGUUCUACUUAAAAUAAUUACAUAUUAGAGGUACGCUAAAAUUUCUGGAAAAUUAGUACGGAGUUCUCCCCAAUUCAAACGCUGAGUAGACAUGUGAGAAGAAAAAAAGAGAGUGUUAAUUAUUAGGAGCCUAAAAAGUUACAAAUUUUUUAACGAAGGACAGCAGUACGACGAAACAUUCUAUAUAAUAUAUUGAAUAGGUAUUAUAGUUAAUUAAGUUUUUUAAUUUUUAAAUUUUAUUAUAUUGUUAUAUGGUUAGUGGUAAAGAUAUUGGUAUAUGCAGUAAGCAAGGUGUAACAGGACUAUUUGAAAUAUUUACAUUUUAGUUACAUGUAAAAAUACCAAAUAGUCCAAUUACACUCUGUAUAUGUAACUAAAUUAUGUGUAUUGUAUAUAAGAAAAUUUGAAAAUAUUUUUGAAAAAAUGUGUCAUUUAUAAUAAAUAUACACACAUAAAACGUAAGAAAUGUUAUCAAACUAAAAUGUUAAUAAUGCGACUAUAUUAAAAAUUAACUGAUAUAGGUACCUAAAUAUAUUUGAAUAUUUCACAAUCAAACCACUAUAGCUUUAUAUAUGCUGAAUAGAUAUCCCUAUUCUCUGGUCCUUAUAGUAUUUAUUGCUGUUUUGAUAUAGUUUUCUUGUAUUUCAUAUUCACAUAAUAUGUGAACAUGAUAUUAUCAAUGCAUGACAUGCUAGGAAAACUCUGUGCUGUUAGUUUUAAUUAGAAUAGGCGAACAUUUUGUAUUAUCUUUUUUUAAAAAUAUGAAAAGCAGAUAUUUUGUACGGUCGGCUAAAAAAGUGAAUUUCAGACACUUCCCGCAGUGAUAAUAAACUGAUAAUAAUUUAUCAAAGAAACUGAAAAAUAUAUUUUAGAAUAUGAGCAUAAGUUGCUCAACACUUUCGAUCAAUCAAGCGUGAUCAUAAUUGUGAUAUCAGUAUUGGUAUGGUGUUUGAGUACACAGGUGACCGGUCAAAAUAUCUUCACAAAAAUAUCUCCGGCCAACAUAUCUUGGACAAAAUAUCUCCGGUUAAUAAUAUCUCCGACAAAAUAUCUUUAAUAGAAAUAUUACACAGGAAAUAUUAAAUAAUCACAAUAUUAGUAUUAUAUAGUAUUAUCUGAAAUAUUUCAUGAUUACAAAUUCCAGCGCUAGGGUUAGGUAUGGCGUGUGAUACGAAUACAGCGAGAGUUAAUUAUGAUGCUCAAGUCAGAUGACUUGUUAAAUUAAAUUAUUUUUUAAAAUAUUUAUUUAAUUUUUGUUCAAUCUAAACUUUAUUUUAUUUUAUUUAAGAGGGAUUUCUCACAAUCUAAAAUAGGUAAUAAAAAAUAAUCAUAUAAAUCCUUGAGAUUUUUUCAGGAGACAUUUUAUCUAGAGAUAUUUUUACUGAAGAUAUUUUGUCGGAGUUAUUUUGACCUGAAAUUUUGACCGAAGAUAUUAUAAUGAGUAUAUCUUCGUGGGUCACCCUGUAUAUAUGUAUGUAUAAUAUAUAUAUUAUGAGUUGAAGCGGAUACCUUAAUUCACGGCCAAUCAUCAUUGUACAGUGUACAUAAAAUGCCGUCGUCAUUAAUAUAAAAAUAUUACAUUACAUUAUAUUAUACAAGGCGUAUCAUUUUCAAAGCGCAGUUAAUUUUCGUGAACAAAAAAAAAAACCGUUUAUCUAUAUUAUAUUAGUAUCAUGUUAAUGCCCAUAGGGACUUCUAUAGAUGAUGCAGUAAACACAUUAUAAUAUUCACUAUGUUUUGUUGUACACAAUAACAGCAAUCACCGUGUCGGUUGAAGAUGAAUAAGAUUUUAGAAGAUAAUAAUACACACUUAUGUGUUCGUCUGUAUAAUUUACGGCUCGUUCCGAAUAUGGCGUUUGCAAAAUUAAAAAAAAAUAAACCACUAUAAAGAACGAUGACGAUGACGAUGAUAAAUAACUCCAAUAUCAUUCUGAUGAGACUGCAGAUGCCAUAAUAUAUUGUAUAUGUAUUAUAAAAAGAGAGGGGAAAACCCCCUGAACGGACACAACGUUUUAGAAAUUGUGCAAAGUUUUCUUUAAAGUUAGGUUAUUUUGUGUAAGGACUAAAUGUAUUGUAUUUUACUACACUGUUUAAUGGAUUUUCUUAUAAAUAUUGGUUCAGGACAAUAUAAUGUGUCGAAUACCAGGUGAUCCAUUUAUAAGUGGGUACACUCAUUAUCUCAGAAAGUAUUAACUUUUUCUGAGAUUUGUUUUCUAGAACAUUUAAGAAACAAGCUGCUCUAAAAUUGUAUAUUUAUGUUAUUUUUUGUUACCCUUAUUUUUGGAGGUAAAACCACUAUCCACUUUUAAUUUUCAAAUAGCUACCUAUAGUAAAAAUUCUAUAAAUAAUUAGAGUAUUAGAGUAAAUAAAUUUUAGUAUUGAAAUUUAUUUUAACUAAUAUCCCAUCUAUUUAUGGAUAUUUUAAUAUAGGUUAUCAUUUGAAAAUCAAAAUUAGGUAGUGGGUAUACUUCCAAAAAUAACAUAAAUAUAAAAUUGUAGAGCAGCUUAUUUUUUAAAUGUUCUAGAAAACAAAUUAAGGAAAAAUUUAAUAUUUUCCGAGAUAAUGAGUGUACCCACUUAAAUGGAUCACCUGAUGUAGAUAGUGUUUAGAAAUAAAUUUAUAUUUUUUAGCAUAGACGCAGUUAUCGUAUUUAGGUAUACACUAUACAAACAACGUUAGCCCCAAUAAUAAUAGUAAAUAAUAUUAAAAUCGUCUUCUUCCUCUUCGCUCUUAUCCUACCACGCGUAUAGUUAUCUAUCACCUGAUUCGUGAUCAUCAUUUACUCAACAACUCCUGCAUAUCUCUUAAUAACAUAUCUCUUAACAACCUUAUCUAUUCUGCAAUUUAUUUUUACCUAUUACCGCUUUUCCGGACUCUAUCUAUCUCAUCUAUAUGUUUUACUCUUUCGUCGUUUUUUCUUUUCUCAACACGCCUAAACCAUGUAAAUCUAUUAUUUUUUACAAUAACGUAUGUAAUAAUAUUAUAUAUUUAUGUAGGCUGGCCAUUGGUUUUCGGAGAGAGUGCGGGUAGUUCGUCGAGUCGGUCCGAAGACACGCCGGAGUUCAGAGCCAGAGCGUCAACGGAGGGACACGUGCAGUGGCGAAAAUAAAGGAUCUUACGCUUUACGUCUUUAUUUUAAAAGGCAAAUAUAUAUUUAUAAGUGACAGAAAUAUUUGCAAGCUUACUUUUUGCAAAUUAUAAAAGAAUUAAAUGUGAUUUUGUUCAAUCAGUAAUCAUAAUAUUAUUGUACCUCUCCAAAAUAAACACUGUUUCUGGGAUGCAGGUAAAAAAUUAUAAAAUAAUGUAGGUAAACAUAAAUAUUAACCCUAUAUUUUAUUUUCCUGCAAUAGCCGUAUAAAAAAUAUUUUAUUAAUUUAAUAUGUACGCUUCUAGGUUGCAACCUACUUAUCGACCCUGGAGCGAAAUUACCAGAAUAGCAGAGGUUGCGUGUUACACCACUAAUCAGUUUUUGUAUUUUCCCAGAGACAAUUUAAAAAAUACUAAAUAUAGUGUAUGUAAACAUGAAAUAUAUUUAAGCGUUUAAAACAUAUAUAUUAGGUUUGGCCUAGCAAUUUUUUUUUAAUUUGGCCAAAUUGUCAGUUUUAACACCGUUAGGCGGUACACACGCUAAAUGAACAAAUUUGCAGUGUUAGUCAGGCUCAACACAGUUUUUUAAAAUAGAACAUAGGAAUUACGUUACAUUUACCUACACUGAUAACACAAAAGCAAAACAAAAAACAUUUUUGUUUAAAACACUAUUCAUUAUGACCAGGAUUUGAGACUUAUAUCAUUUAUAUAAUAAUCAAAAUAAGCGCAGAAAAAAACACUUAAAUACUUCAUUAUAAGCACUUGAAAAUAUUAAAAUAAAGAAAAAAUGCGAGAAAAACUAUGGGCACAAUUUUUUUUUUUAUAUUCUCCUUAUUAAUUUUUACAUUUAAAAACAUAAAACAUUUUAUCUUUAAAAAAAUUUAAAAACUUUGACAAAAACAAAUUGGAAAAGUGUCCUGGUUAAACGAUGUUUCUAGGAGUCUACUGCACUAGGAAAUAGGCGAAUUUAAAUAAAAUAAAUAUAACUUUAAUGAUAUUGAGAAUUUUAGUACUUAUUUAUACUAAUAAGUAUUGAGGUGUGCAGUGUUAUUUCAGAAAAUAAAUGUCCAAAACGUAUAUAAAUCCCGGACACAGUAUCGCAAAAACAGAUUACAGGGCCCGUGAGCAGUAGUUUUAUUGGGUCCCAUUCAAGCAGUUAUACAUAUACACUUUUUGCUCUCGGGACAUUGGAUUGAUGAGUAAAAAAAAAAUCCUGAUACAGUGGUACUGCUAAUUGGUGACGCUGUUAUAGGUGGGAAUUUGGGAUGUUAGGAUACAUAAUGUUAGGCAUUUAAUUUACAUCUGUAAACAACGAUGAACCAUUGCUAACGAAGUAUAAUUCUGAGCGAAGUUCAGUAACAUGGCGUUUUAAAAUACUGUAAUUAAAAAUGAUAUAGAAUAAUAAUAUACAACAAUAGGUACAAUAAAAAUAUUAAAAACCUCCUGUAUAUUUUUGUGUGCCACAGUUUCAAUGAAAAAAUCUAAAUAAUUAUAAUCAUAGUUGGUAAAAGUGAGUGGAUGUUUAAAUGGUAACUUGAUAAGUUCCUCACCAACGACCAAACCACGUUGAGUAUAUCAGUUCUCGUUAGAUCACUGAAGUUAAAUAACGUCGGGCGUAGUUAAUACUUGGAUGGGGGACCGCUUGGGAACUCUAUACGUACCGCUGGAUUUUUUUUUUAAUCUUACAAUAUUAUUGCGGGAUUUGAAUAAAACCCCGUUUACCGUAUGGGUAACGAGCACUUUAGCUUUUCUUAAAUUGUUUUGUUUAGUAUUAAGGAC